AUGGCUGAAAAUCAGACAUCCGUCACAGAGUUCAUCCUGCUGGGGUUUCCCCUGGGCCCAAGGACUCAGGAGUUUCUCUUUGGGAUCUUCCUGCUGUUCUACACCCUCACCCUGCUGGGGAAUGGAGUCAUUCUGGGACUCAUCUGGCUGGACUCCAGGUUGCACAGCCCCAUGUAUUUCUUCCUCUCACACUUGGCCGUGGUCGACAUCGCCUAUGCUUGCAACACAGUGCCCCAGAUGCUGGUGAACCUCCUGAAUCCAGCCAAGCCCAUUUCCUUUGCUGGCUGUGUAACACAGACAUUCCUCUUUCUUACAUUUGCCAUCACAGAGUGUCUCCUGCUGGUGGUGAUGUCCUAUGACCGGUAUGUGGCCAUCUGCCGCCCACUGCGGUAUUCUGCCAUCAUGAGCUGGAGAGUAUGUAUCACGCUGGCUGCGACUUCCUGGACCACUGGAGUGCUAAUAUCCCUGGUUCAUCUAGUGUUACUCGUUCCUUUGCCCUUCUGUAAGUCUCAGAAAAUUCAUCACUUCUUUUGUGAAAUCAUGGCUGUGCUCAAACUAGCCUGUGCGGAUACCCGCAUCAACGAGAACAUAGUCCUAGCUGGAGCGACUUCUGUGCUGGUGGGACCUCUCUCCUCGAUUGUCGUCUCCUAUGCGUGUAUCCUCUGUGCCAUUCUUCGAAUCAAGUCUGCAGAAGGUCAGAGGAAAGCCUUCUCCACCUGCUCCUCACACCUCUGCGUGGUUGGACUCUUUUAUGGCACAGCCAUAAUCACAUAUGUUGGUCCCAGAUACGGGAACCCCAAAGAACAAAAGAAAUACCUCCUGCUGUUUCACAGCCUCUUCAACCCCAUGCUCAACCCCCUUAUUUAUACUCUUAGGAACUCAGAAGUAAAGAACACAUUGAAAAGAGUUCUGGGAAUGGAGAGAGAUAUAUGA